ACAGGCAGAUCUUUGUUCUCUGAUCACUUGAUAAUGUCAGGACGCGGCAAAGGAGGUAAGGGUCUGGGGAAAGGGGGUGCCAAGCGCCACCGCAAAGUGCUGCGCGACAACAUCCAGGGCAUCACCAAGCCAGCCAUCCGGCGCCUUGCUCGCCGUGGCGGUGUGAAGCGCAUCUCCGGCCUCAUCUAUGAGGAGACCCGCGGGGUGCUGAAGGUGUUCCUGGAGAACGUGAUCCGGGACGCCGUGACCUACACGGAGCACGCCAAGCGCAAGACGGUCACCGCCAUGGACGUAGUCUAUGCGUUGAAGCGCCAGGGCCGCACCCUUUAUGGCUUCGGCGGCUGAACUGCAUUUUGAAGCCCUGUCCUUCUCUAAAAAGGCCCUUUUUAGGGCCCCUAAGCUUUCAACAAAAGAGUUGAAAUGACAGCAAAGUGAGUCUCUUAAUAGGGUCCUUGUCAGUGAGUUCUCUUAUCCUGUUUUAAAAGAUUAACUCGGGAUGUCGAAAGUGGGCUGAUGACUACAGAUGGCCCUGGGCCGAGAUUUCCCAAGGCCAGAAGAGCUUCUGCUGACCAGUAACUUCUGGCGGCUGCUUGGAAAUUGCCUGCAGCCGGUGUACCGCUCGGAUUAGUUUAGAAAGCCAAGGGUUCUGGGGCCUAAAAAGGGGCGGGCUAGAACUUCCCUUUGGCCCUUCAAAUACGUCUGGGGAGAGAUGAGGGGUUUGAUAGGGCUCCAUUAAAUGCUGGAGCCUCCAGGAAAGCUUAGUGGUGGCUGGUUUAAGAAGACGUGGGUGGCACAGAGCUCUGCAUGUAGGGAGCAGACCAUACUUUUACUACUGUAGAAGACAGCUGGGUAGUCUUAAGAGUCUUUUGUAAUAAUAUUCCUUUAUAUGUUUGCCUUCUGAUACGAUUUUUAAAUACUGAAAUAUAUCAAGUAUACAAAAUGCGCUGGUGACCACACCACUUCUUCAACAAGUGCAGUUAAAAUCCUCAUGUCCCUUCUCAGUAGCACAGCCCUCCCUUUUUCCUAUCCUAGAAUUAACUAAUAUUCUAGGAUAAACUGAUAUUCUGAAUUUGGUGUUUACUGUUCCUACGCGUUUUAUUUUUAACUUUAGAUGCACA